AUGAUUGUUCGAACAAUAUUCGGCGACAGUGUAUUCGAAGAAUCUGCCUACGCAGAGCAUCGUUACUUAACACUAUUCUACGUUCAGGUCAUACCACGUUCAUGUGAUAUCCGACAGAACGUGAUAUAUUCUGAUGUUUGUGUACCAUUCAUAGCCAUAAAUCAAUUGCGAACAUUAUAUCAGACUGCCAAAGUGGCCCGAUUCAUGAAGGACUUUCAACUGUUUGCUCUCACCGAUAUACCAAAAUACGUGGCUGUCACAGUCAACAAAACAGCAGAAUCGGUGAUACUAAGUGAUCAGUGCCAACGAAAAGGUGGUUACGUUUAUGAGUGUCCGUUGACGCAAUUAGAUAAAACGGAUUGCGACGUGAACACGUUAAAUGAUUGUAUAGUGCAUAUCCGUCGAAUCAUGGGCAGUUUUACACAUGUGCAACGAAUUCGGGAUUUGUAUGUGGUUGCAACGAAUGAAAAGCCACUCAAAAUCUACGUCGAUGAUGUGACGAUGGCUGACGGUUCGGAGUGCUUCCGACUGUGA